UCACUCUCUACUCCCCGCAAGGAAACGCUCCUUUUUCUCAGCAUCAUUUCAUUGAUGUUUUUUUUCUCUGCCUCUAAAUUCAAUUUCUCCGGUGGCAUUUUAAAGCUUUCAACCAGACCUGUGAAAGGUACUCUCAAGAGGCACUGAAAGACAGAGAGCGUAGGAUAAGUUUUACUCCAGCUCAAAAAAGACACCUUUCUUUUUUUUCCGAUCUCGGAUUCAUUCACCUUUUGAUUGACAUACUUUUUACUAUAGUAAAAUAAAGACAGUGGUGUUAUAGCAAAGUAUUUUUCUUACCCAAACUCAAGACACAGGAUUUUUUUAUUUAUCUAAAUUCAAAUGCAAAGAAUCACCAGAUUCAUUGAAGAUUGUGUGUGGACUUUAAUGGCUCUAGACAUACCUGCAGUAUGUGUGAAAUUUGGGGGACCAGAGUGAGCUAGGUGAUGAUUCAACGUGCAAACGGAGCUAGAUGCUAAAUCUUUCUGUUCAGGCUGCCAGUCUGUCUGCGGCUUACAAUCAAGCAAUGACCACUGUAUCCAUGAAACCCCUGCUGGUCCUGGUGGAGCGGAUCCCCAAUGCCACCGACCUGCCUUUUGACUCCGCCCCUUCCUCUCCCGAAGACACCGCUGCCACCUUCACCAUAGGCUGUAUACUCUCCCUCAUGUGUCUGGUCGGCGUUUCCGGAAACAUCUACACCCUCGUGGUCAUGUGUCACUCCAUGCGUUCCGCAGCGUCCAUGUAUAUUUACAUCAUCAACCUAGCCUUGGCAGAUCUGCUCUAUCUGUUGACCAUUCCGUUUGUGGUCUGCACAUACUUCCUGAAAGGUUGGUAUUUCGGCGAUGCCGGGUGCAGGAUUCUGAUCAGUAUGGAUUUCCUGACGAUGCACGCCAGCAUUUUUACGCUGACCAUCAUGAGCACGGAGAGGUACUUUGCCGUGCUGAAACCGCUGGACACAGUCAAACGGUCCAAGAGCUACCGCAAAGCAAUCGCGGUGCUUGUAUGGGUGGCUUCCCUGGUCCUGACUUUACCCAUGAUCCUCAGGAUUCAGAUGAUGAUGGUGGGUAGCAAGGUCAUGUGCCAGCCGACCAUGUCUCCGCUGUCCUAUAAGGUGUACAUCACCUUCCUGUUCUGUACCAGCAUCGUGGCUCCGGGGAUGAUCAUUGGCUUUCUCUACAUCGGGCUGGCUCGCACCUACUGGAUCUCUCAGACAGAAACCUUCAAACAGACCAAGAAAAUACCAAACCAGAAGGUCCUCUAUCUGAUCUUUACCAUCGUCCUGCUGUUCUGGGCCUGUUUCCUGCCCUUCUGGAUCUGGCAGCUCCUGGGUCAGUUCCACCCCUCCAUCGACCUCUCCACCAAGGCCAAGCGCAACAUCAACUAUCUGACCACCUGCCUCACCUACUCCAACAGCUGCAUCAACCCUUUCCUCUACACGCUGCUCACCAAGAACUACAAGGAGUACCUGAGGAAGCGCCAGCGUACCUGCACCGCGGGCAGCUACUUCAACCGGAGGAACCGGUUCCAGCGCUCGUCCAGGAGGUCACUGUCCUCCAGCAGCCAGCAGUGCACGGAGAGCUUCGUGCUCACACACACGCCGUCACAGCGCACCACACACAACAACAGCCUGUGA